AUGUUCACAACCAAACCUCAGGUUGAUCUCCUCGACGCUCACAACCUAUUAUCAAUCACCAUCAACCAAGAUGUCACAUCCAUUUAUGUUCCCUAUGAUAGCUUCAACCUUGAACUAGAUGAGGAAGAGGUAGCUCAAAUGAUACAUGCUGCACAAUACGCUGCAGCUCUCCCCAACUACACUCAUGCGCCGAGAUAUACAGCUGCACUAUCCCCAGCCGCAACGCCGCUGCCGAGAGAUACAGCCGCAUAUCAGUCACUCUCCACAACAGCACCAGCCGCGAGCAUUCAAGCCGCCGUUCAAGCCGCAACUGCGCCGCCGAUAGACACAGCCGCGGGCACUCAAGCCGCAGCAGCCGCACCUAUAGAGCUGCUUGAUAUGGGGCAGGAGGAGUUAGAUACUGGUUCAAAAAGAAAAAAGAGAGUUUAUCUGAAGGAUCCCGAGGACCAGGCUCUAUUGGUCCGUACCUGUGUAAAGCACUUUGAGGAGUAUGUGAGGGGUCCUAGGGAGGAAUACUGGAGCAACAUGCGAGCUAUAUUCUGUGAGACUACUGGUAUCGAUCUAGUAGUUCAGGGCAUGAUGAAGAACUAUGAGAAGGACAGGAGGGAGCGGGUCAAGCAGGACAAAGGGAAGAGCGGGGUGGCGAGGUCUGAGACCGAUAAGGAUCAAGCUCUGGAUGUCUGGAUUGAGUUGAAGGACUCAUUGGAGAUAGAAAAAAGCCGGAAAAAGAAAUCUGAAGAUGAAAGUUGUCGGGAAAGGGAAAUUGUCAACAAUGUCCGGGAGGAUAUGUGUAAUGUUUUCGGGAAAAAAAGAGGUGCCCCAACUGAUAUGGAAGAACCAGAGAAGGCCAAUAAACGACAGGCUGUGCGUGAGAUUCUUCCUAAAGGGAAUGCCAAAGUGGUUGAUAACAUCAUCGCCAUGAAUCAAGAAGGUGACCGGGAGCUUCUUGAUUCUAUUAAGGACAUAGAAAAGGAAAAAAUGGAAAAUUUUAACAGUAAUUUCCGGCUUCUUCUAGAGAGUAGGAGUGGUAGUAGUGGGUCGGAACAGGCUGCUAUCAGGGCUGAAGUUGCAGAUUUACGAUCUCAUUUCAAGAGUGAGAUUUUGGAUAUGCGGGAGGAGGCAAGGAAAAACCAAGGGGAGAUGAUGCAAUUCCUUCGGGAUAAUUUGAGGAGGGCAAGUGAUGCUUGA